UGCAUACUUGUAAACGUUAAUUGUGAUUAUAUAACACAAAAUACGGUUGUUUAAUUGCAUGACUUGGCCAGUAGCGUCAUGUUUUACAUGUGUCAUUAUCACAAAGAUAAGGUAUUGAAAUUGAUUGUAUUUAAUUCUUCUCGUGUUAAACGGCUUAUCUGACAUGUGUCGACAUACCCUUGCCCUUACCCAAUAGAAUUUCAUUAAUUAUAACCAGGUGUUGGAAUCCUAUUUGGACCAUUCACUGGAUUUGAUCAUAUCUUAACUAUAUAUUUACAUAUUUAUAAAUUGGGUACAAUUAAGAUUUAAGAUUGCUUACAAUUCUUGCAAGAAUGGCGUCCGAAGUCGACUGGGUGGAUUACUUCGUUUUUGGAAUCGUUCUCUCAAUUUCUGUCGGAAUAGGAAUAUUUUACGGGUGCUUUGGCAGCAAACAGAAGACGACAAAAGAGUAUCUUUUAGCGAAUCGUCAGAUGUCUUCCAUACCGGUAGCUUUGUCGAUGAUAUGUUCCGCAGUCUCCGCAAUUACGUUAUUAGCAAAUCCUGUCGAGGUUUAUAAGUACGGGUUACAAUAUUUGAUGGUCAUUUUGUCAUUUGUCCCCUUCAAUCUCGCCCUGCUCUACCUCUACAUUCCUGUUUAUUUCAAUCUUAACGUGAAUUCAGCAUACGAGUUUAUCGAGAUGCGAUUUAGCCAUGGGGUGAGAGUGUUCGUAUCGGCGUUAGCAGUUUUGCAUGUGAUUAUCAGCAUGGCUAUUGCGAUUUAUGCUCCUGCCCUUGCAAUUAAUUACGUCACCGAUGUCUCCGUCGAGUUGACAUGCUUCAUUAUCUAUUUUGUCUGCAUCUUCUAUUCAGCUAUCGGCGGCCUAAAAGCCGUUUUAUGGACUGAUGUCUUUCAAGCAGGAGUGAUGCUGCUAUCUUUAUCAGUCAUUGUUGGGAAAGGCGUUGGUGACGUGGGUGGGAUGUCCAUCGUAUGGGAAAGAGCAAAGGAAGGAGAUAGGCUCGGAGUUUUAAACUUUGACCCUGACCCACGUACUCGUCACACAAUUUGGACAUGUAUUUUCGCUGGUUAUUUUUUCUGGCUUCCGUCAUAUGCCGCGACACAACUGCAAGUGCAACGCUUUCUCUCGAUGCCAAACAUGUCGAGAGUAAAACGAGCUUUGGCCAUAAACUUUUUCGGACUAAUUGUCAUCGUGGGACUCUGCUUCUUCACGGGGCUCGUCAUAUUUGCCAAAUUCCAUGAUUGCGACCCUCUUAACAAGACAGGGGCGGACCCACAUGUCGAGAACUCUGACCAAUUGCUACCUCUCUUUGUAUCCGAGACUUCGGACGGGAUUCCUGGCUUGUUGGGGUUAUUUAUUGCGGGGUUAACUUGUGCAAGUAUGAGCUCUUUAUCCAGCGGACUAACAGCCCUCGCUUCAAUUACGACCUACGACUAUGUCAACAAACUCUUCCCAAACUUAUCAGAUCUGAAACUUUCUCUGAUUUCUAAAGUUAAUACUUUUGUCUUGGGAAUGGUCUCGUUCGGAUUCGUCUUUGUUAUUAAAAAUAUGGGGGACAUUUUACCCGUGACGAGCUCCUUUCUUGGCGUGAUUUUGGGACCAACGCUGGGGAUAUUUUCUUUAGGAAUGUUUUUUCCAUGGGCUAAUGCAGAGGGUGCAACGGCUGGACUAGUUUCAACUUUCGCCAUCAUGAUCACCUUUGUCCUCGGAACCAAUUUAAAUUCGAUUAAAGACCAACUUCCCGUCCAAACGUUUCCCCUGGAUGUGUCCGGAUGCCCUGGAUCUAAUGACACCAUGUCAAUCUUUAGCAGCAAUAAUGGUCACACAGAAUGGAAGGAUAAAGAAUACUCAGGCUUAGUGAAAAUGUUGUCGCUUUCGUACAUGUGGUACUCUGGUUUAGGUUGCUGUCUAGCAGUCUUUCUCGGUUUAAUUAUGAGUCUGAUUUACAAUCAAGUAACGAAAAGGGAGAGAAAGUUGAUCAAUCCGCUGUGUAUUAGUCCCCCGAUUUUAAAUCUGCUAAAGAAAUUUUGUCCAGAUCAUAUCAAAAACUGGGUGGACAUUUCGGCCAAACCAACAAUAACAAUUAGUAUCACUAAUGAAGAUGAAACUGUUGAGUAUAAUAAAUCGUUUUAGUUAUACACGUGCGCUUGAAUAGACUCUGGACGUACGUAAAUUAUGCA